CGGAGCCCGGGGCGCGCCGCGGGGAGGCCCGCCGAAUCGGGCGGUUCCGGCGGCGCCCGCGCUGAGCUGCGGGGGAGGGGAAAGGGACGCUCGUGCAACCGGUGCGUCUGCCCUCAGUGAGGCGGGGCGCGCAGCGGACGCCCCGGGCAGGGGCGGGAGUGGUGGUGGCGCCGGUGCCUGACACUGAAAGGGGCGGUGAGCGAGCUGCUCCGGUCUGGAGGCUCGGCUCGGCCUCCUGCGCCAGGACGGAGGGAAACGGCAGAGGCGGCGGCCCUCGGGCCGGCUGGUGAAGUGAUGGCGGCGCCGGGCCCGGGGGCUGGGGCAGCCUCGGGCGGCGCUGGUUGUAGCGGUGGCGGUGCGGGCGCCGGCGCGGGCUCUGGGUCCGCGGGGGCCGGGGGCCGGCUGCCCAGCCGGGUGCUGGAGCUGGUGUUCUCCUACCUGGAGCUGUCGGAGCUGCGGAGCUGCGCCCUGGUGUGCAAGCACUGGUACCGCUGUCUACACGGCGACGAGAACAGCGAGGUGUGGCGGAGCCUGUGCGCCCGCAGCCUGGCCGAGGAGGCUCUGCGCACGGACAUCCUCUGCAACCUGCCCAGCUACAAGGCCAAGGUGCGUGCUUUCCAACAUGCCUUCAGCACUAAUGACUGCUCCAGGAAUGUCUAUAUCAAGAAGAAUGGCUUUACUUUACAUCGAAACCCCAUUGCUCAGAGCACUGAUGGUGCAAGGACCAAGAUUGGUUUUAGUGAGGGCCGCCAUGCGUGGGAAGUAUGGUGGGAGGGCCCUCUGGGCACUGUGGCAGUAAUUGGAAUUGCUACAAAACGGGCCCCCAUGCAGUGCCAAGGUUAUGUGGCAUUGCUGGGCAGUGAUGACCAGAGCUGGGGCUGGAAUCUAGUGGACAAUAAUCUGCUGCAUAAUGGAGAAGUCAAUGGCAGUUUUCCACAGUGUAAUAAUGCACCAAAAUAUCAGAUAGGAGAAAGAAUCCGAGUCAUCUUGGACAUGGAAGAUAAGACUUUAGCAUUUGAACGUGGAUAUGAGUUCCUGGGGGUGGCCUUCAGAGGACUUCCAAAAGCCUGCUUAUAUCCAGCAGUUUCUGCUGUAUAUGGCAACACAGAAGUGACUUUGGUUUACCUUGGAAAACCUUUGGAUGGAUGACAGUGGCUUUUUUGGGUUGAAAGACAGAGUAGAGGAGACCUACUUGUGGAAAGUAGAAUCAUGAAGUGACAGUCAUGUGUGCAUGUCCAAGAAACAUCCUGAAAACACAUGAAGUUGUAAACUGGAGAAGCAACUCUACAGCAGAGAUUAUCUUAGUGUUUCCUCUUUCCACUGGGCCAGAAUAAUCCUCAGGGUUGCAGUUGGUUGAGUGGGCAGUUAACAUAUGCAUGUUACAACAGAUUUAUCUCUUAAGUUGUCAAUGUGUUCUUUCCAGCGUUAAAGGUGAGAUGUUAGAGGUGCUGUAAAAGGGAUAAGAUAAGGAAAAACAAGAUUUUUAAGUAGUUUGUUUGUGAAGAAAGAUUGAUUCCAUCUUACAACUGCCUGUUCUUUCUCCAGUCUCCAGUCCUUUUUUUUUUCCCCCCCAGCCAGCUUGACUAUUAGAUAAGUAUGAAACUGGUUGGGGUUUAUUUAAUAUUUUUAAUAUAUUGAGAAGCAUGGUCUGCCUGGACUGCACUUCUCUAGCAAUGAGAAAUAAAAUUGUGCAGCUAUUUUAAAAGUUGUAUAUACAAUAUGUGUGUAAAAAAAAAAAGGACAAAGGGUUGCUUUGUUCUAGUUAAAUUUCUUAAACAGACCACUACAUGGUACAAAAUUAGAAUAAUAUUCGGGGAAAAUUGGGUAACCAUAAAAAAGAGGACUUUAAGAGGACAUGUGUUGUGUUGGCUCAUUUUGUGUUAUUUUUGGUUUACAGUUCCUAUAGCUAUUACAGUUGUCUUUAAAAAAACAAAAACAAUAAAAACCCCAACCAGCAUCAUGAUAAUGGUAAAGAUUCCUCACCUCCUGACUUAAAAUUGAGGGAAGGUAAUUCUUCUAAUUAUACCUAUAUAAGUAAAGAUGAUUCUAAAACAUAAUAGUAAUAUGCAUCUUUUGGUACCUGGUUUCAUUUUUUGGCUUUCUGAGAAAGUGUCUCAUUUUACAGGACAAUGCUAUGUGCUCUUGUAGUCCUCAAAUAUGAGAGCUGUUUGCCAUAAACCGUAGGAAAAGAAAUGGUUAAUGGUUCUUUCAUUUUCUAACUUUAUAAUGGUGUAGAUGUUGUCAGAUAAUCUUAAUUUAAUAUUGUUUACAACAAGCAACAGUCUAAGCCUCAAACUCUUCAUUGGGGCUAUCAAGAAAAUGUUUACUCACCCAUAUGAAAUAGCGCCAACCUGAGCUCAGGUUAAGAAUAUUCUUAAUCUCAUUAUAGGUAAUUGCUCCCAUGGGACUUGAAAUACAACACAUUGUGCUGAAAAUUUAGAGUUGGCAAUAUUUUGAAAGUUGUACUGGAGAAGAGAUUAACAUUUCCUAUUUUACCUGAUAAAUCUUAUCUCUUCACUAACUCUUGAAUUAAUAAUCCAACACAUAAGAGCUGAGAUUUUUCUUUUGUUAGAAGAGAAACAUCUUUCUGUGUGAAAGUAUAAAUUGUACGGUUUCAGAUACAUAAGAAUUGAUCAAAGCAAGUGAAAUCUUUGUACUUUUUAGAUUAUUGCUCUAUUUAUAUUUUGCUUUAAAUCUAACAAAAUUAGGGACAGCAAGCAGCUUGCUGGGGUUCUUGGGUUGCUCCUAGAGAGUUAAAAUGAACAAUACUCCGAUGAAGCAGGAGAUUUCAGCCAUAGAACAAAAAUUUGUUGUUGCUACCUGAAAGGUUUACAAGUAUUUAUUAUGUUUCUGGGCCAUUGCUUGAAAAGUGAAAUUUGUUAUUUCCUUUUGAUAGCCCUAUCAAGAAGAAACUUAGUUGUAUAGAGUGAAGUUGUAUGUGAAAUAUAUUUGAGACUGUAGUUGACACAGAAAUUGAUUUUUCAACUCAACUCAAUUUGAUGAGAUGUAAAAUUUGACUAACGAUGAGAACUGGGUCAGGAUGAAAAAUGACUGUUUAGACAAUGAUGAAGUCCUUUAAAUACUUGUUGCAUUUCAGGUUGUGAUACAGCCAAUUUCAAGAGCUUUUGCUGAUAAUUUCGUUUGUAACUUCUGUUUGUCCCAUUAGUAAACAUUUGUAACCUGGUCUUGAAGGUGCUGAUUGGAAAAACAUAUAGCAAACACAUAGGUGUUUCAUAUUGAACCUAGGAUCAGAUAAUUGCCUGACUAUUUAACAAGCCAUUUGGAUCUCAAAGAUUUGAAUUUGCAAGUUUUAUAAAAUAGAAGUUGCUAGUUAGUGUGAAUAUUGGGGGAAAUGAAGAGCCUUCAUUUAUAACCUGAUAAAUGACUGGUUACUAGAGACUAAUAGCAGCUAUCCAGAUUAUUAAAAUGAACUGUUCAAUGUUCAAGGAAAUCCCUUUUUCAUUGGUGCUGAGAGCAUUUAAGUAGAAGACAGUUGCACCUGAAGGUGGUAUGUAACUCACCCUAAAUCAUUGCUUCUCAACCUUGGCUGUGCUUUGGAAUCACUUCAAAAUGUGUUUUUAAAAAUAUUUAUGCUUAGAUCCCAUGCCAUAGUUUCUGAUGUUGGUUUGGGAUAUGACUUGACCAUAAGGAUUUUUUUUUUAACUUUCUGAUGAUGUCAAUAUGACAUUGAGAACAGUUGAUCUAAAAUUCACAUAGGAUUUUCUUAUCUGCAAAACAAAAUUCUUGCUCCCUCCCUUCACUACCUCACAAGGAUAUUGAAGGUAAAA